UCUCAAGAUAAGCUCGCUGUCGCUCGAGAAGAAAAUCAUCCAUAACUAACUGUGGUAUCUAUUCUUAAUUAUUCAAAUACUGAAGCAGCAACUCCGGUUACAUGCGUACGUGAUAAAGCCACUGAAGUGCACUAAAUGACUGAGCAUUAUCUUGUAUAUAGACGUACACCGUUCAAAACACGCACACAUAUUGGAAUAGAAGCAUCACUCCCGAGGCAUCAGCAUCAUCAACUGAUAUCGUUAUCUGCGUAACAGUCCCAGUUUAAACACCCGAACAGCUAGCUUAUUGCCACAGAAAAUUCAACAAUGGUCUACACCGCCCAAAAGUGGAUCUACGCACGGGCCUUCGAUGGCGAGCCCAAGCCGGAGGACUUCCGCCUCGAGGAGGAAUUAAUGCCUGCGAUCAAGGAUGGCGAAUUCCUUGCCAAGGCCGAAUACCUGAGCGUCGAUCCGUACAUGCGCAUCUACGUCCAGUCAUACCCGGUCGGUUCGGUAAUGAUCGGUGGCCAAGUGGCGCAAGUUCUCGAGAGUAAGCAUCCGGAUUUCCUCGUCGGGGCUUAUGUCUUCGGUCAGUUUGGUUGGCGGACGUACGCAAUCUGUAAUCCCACCGGGAUCGAGACGAGGAAACCGUACGUGUUACCGGAUUUCGGGACAUCCUUGCCACGUUCGCUGGGAAUCGGAACGCUGGGUACGGUUGGAAAUUCGGCCUAUUUUGGGCUGCUGGAGGUUUGUCGACCCAAGCAAGGUGAAACGGUGGUGGUGAGUGGAGCAGCCGGUGCCGUUGGCAACAUUGUAGGCCAAAUUGCCAAGAUCAAGGGAUGUCGCGUGAUCGGAAUUGCCGGAUCGGACGAGAAAUGCCAGUGGUUGAAGGAGAUUGGAUUCGACGCUGCGAUUAACUACAAAACGGCGGACAUCGAGAAGGAAUUGCUGAAUGCAGCUCCGGAGGGUGUGGAUUGUUACUUCGAUAACGUCGGCGGUCCGAUUGUGGCAACGGUGCGGAAGCAAAUGAGGCACCGUGGAAGGAUUGCCGUAUGCGGAACAAUUUCCAUGUACAAUGGAAGCCCGAUUCAGGUGCAGGACCCGCAGAGGGAUUUCGUUUGGAAGCAACUGGUUCAGGAAGGCUUCAGCGUUCAUCGUUGGACGGACAGGUGGUUCGAAGGGAUCGGUCAGAACUUGAAGUGGCUCCAAGAGGGUAAACUACAGUAUCGGGAAACGGUCACCAAGGGCUUCGAAAACAUGCCGCAGGCGUUUAUAGAUAUGAUGCGGGGCGGAAACAUCGGCAAGGCCAUUGUCAAAGUAUAAA